AUGACACUGGUUUUCAAGCAUUCGCGUAACUUUAUGUGGCAGCCCAAUCGGAGGGCGGGACCAGAAGGCUGGCCAAUCAGAGGGUUGCGCGGCAAGACGCAGGUGCAGAGUGUCCGCCCCGGGGGCCUGAGCUCGGCCAUUGUGCUGCUGGCCUCGGCUGUGACUCGGUCGCAGGCUGAUACCAUGGCUUUGAAGCAAGAUAAGGGUGAUGGAUUUGUUCCAAUAAAAUCCAUUGAAUUCAUCAAGAAAGUGAAUUAUAGUGGUCUGUUAUCAAGCCUACCAUCUGGAGGGGUCAGUCUCCUCUUGGGGAAUACGCGACCAUUCAUAGGCCGUUGCUGCUACACCUGUACUCCCCAAAGCUGGGGCAUGCUCUUCCAUAAUUACUUAACCUUGUUGGGAUUUCGAAAUGCUCUCCUUGUUACUGAGAAACAAACAAGGUACCAAGGUUGGCUGGCUCGACGUCUCUGCUAUAUACUGUUUGUUGCUGAGCGCAGGGUUUACCCAAAUGUACCUUUCCUGGAACACAAAAUAAUCAGCAGUGCCAGAGUGCAGGAUGCUGUUAAGAACAUACCUGACACCAAUGUAUCUGAUCAGAAGUCACCUUGUAAUUUGAAGAAUGUGGUCUGCAUCUUGCACCAAAUCCAGGCUACAAUCUCGCCCCUUGUACUCAGAAUGACCAGCUGGGUCCUGCUGAAAGUAUUUAACUGGGUUUUUAUAAAUCUGCAAGUGCAUCGAGGGCAAAUUGAGAUGCUACGGAAGGCAAGGGAAAAGUAUGAUGGUCCGUUCAUCUUUUUCCCUGUUCGCAAAUCUCGUCUGGAUUACCUGCUGGUGACCUUUGUCCUUUUCUGCCACAGUAUCAGAGUCCCGUACAUUACUUGUGGGGAAGAUGUCCGGCUUCCAUUUCUCAGAACUCUGCUUCCGAGAUUGGGAGGAAUCUUCACAACACUGCAUGGAACUAGGAUCAGUCCCAGGAAGAAUUUGUACAAGACUGUCUUAAAUACGUAUGUGGAGAAAUUGCUGAAUGAACAGCAGAGUCUGCUGGUGUAUCUGGAAGACCCGGUUCAAUCUUGCGGUCGUCCCUGUCCCACAGGACUGGAGUGGCUAGCACGAGUGGUUGAUGCUUUUCAUAACCGUUCCAUAUCAGAUGCUGUACUGAUACCUGUGGGUGUCUCUUAUGAUCGUAUUGUUGAGGGAAACUGCUAUGAACAGAUGGAUACCAGCAGGACUACAGUUUUUGCAGCAAUCUGUUGGAUGCUCAGAUUUCUACAGAAGAGCUAUGGCUGCAUUCGGGUGGAUUUUGGACAACCAUUUUCAUUGAAGGAUUACCUCGAAAAUGAAGGUAUCCAUUUCCGUACUUCUGCAAUUCCACUACAGAGAAUCUUGCUACCAUGUGUACUUGGAUACAGCUCUGAUUCUGUGUACUGCGAGAAGUCUCAGGACUGGCUUUUGAAUAAUGAAGGUUGGACUCAACUCAGCAAACGUCACCAAGCACUGGUGGCUGAUCUGGGAAAGCACGUGCUUUACACUGCAACUUGCUGCUCAGCUGUCAUGUCGACCACCCUCGUGGCCUGCCUCCUCCUCCACAAGCACCAACAGGGUGUCUUCCUUACCACGUUGGCAAAGGAUUUCUGCUGGCUAAUGAAUAAAGUUCUUGCAAGACAUUUCGAUGUGGGUUUUUCAGGGAAGCUCCAGGACAUAAUGCUGCAUGCCCUUUCCUUGCUGAGAGAUUGUGUGAUGUUCAGGAGCUUUUCGCUGACCAAUCUCAUUGUGAUACCAAAGACAACCAAAGAGGCUGUAAAACAGCUUAGUUUUUAUAGCAAUGCUAUCCUCCCUGUCUUUAUCUGUGAAGCUGUGGCUGCCUGUGCUUUAAGUUCCCUUUUGAGGGAAGUGGCUAGGCACGUGACAGACUGGGACUCCAAUGUGGAGGUUGUAAUCAGCCAGGAAGAACUUAUCUGCAAAACUGUUCAGUUGUGUCACUUGCUGCCCAGUGAAGUCCUACUUCUACCACCUUGCCAGUCGGUGUACCAGUUUUCACAGGAAGCAGUGGACAAACUCACCUACUGCGAGAUUCUCAUUGUGGAGGAGAAUGAGAACAGCCAAACAACUUGUGACACUUGGCGGAAGCGGUUUGCUAAGGAACUGACAUGGAAGGUGUUGGAUGAUUUUGAUGACUCUGACAGUGAUUGUGAAGGUACCUUAAAGUGUUAUUUCAAGCUUGGACAAACCGCUGAGAGCCACACGUUUUUCAUCCUCCUCUGUAGUUUGCUGCAGCCUGUGUUGAAGGCCUAUGAGAUGGUAGCAGGUCUGCUCCACAAAUUCGACUUCCCAAUGGAAGAGCCACAGUGUGUGUUGAAGAUGUUUAAGUUUUUACAGGCACAGGUAGAGGAGCACCCUGGAAGUGCCACACUCUACCUUGCUAACAGUGCUGUAAGGACCUUCAAGGAGUUAGGGAUGUUACACAGCGGUAUAAUACAUUUUCCAGUGAACUUGGUAAACUGGGAACCCAGUGCAUGUAAAGAGAGCGUAGGAACAGAGACCUGGUUUUCAAAGUGGAGACGGGAGUGACGGGGCCAUUGCUGGAACUCAGUGACAUUUUUCAGCGAUCUGAUAACAGACUGAAACUUCAGCAAUACAUUCAACAAUUCUGUUAAGAGUACUGCCUGUAAACAGUUUGAUUCUGUCAGAAGUCACAGUUGCUUCAGAAUCAGGAGAGACCUUCAGGUUGUGUCAGACUGCACGAUUCCAUGCCUUUUCGUCUGGCUCAGAACGAAAACUGCUUCCUGUUUGCAUUUUCUCAGUGGACACAUUGAUGAAGGAUUGAUGAUGGAUGAAGGUGUAAAGACUUAGUUUCUCAACCAGCAUCAAGGAUGGCUGGUUGUGAACAGAUUACUAGUCCGUAAUCGUGGCUGAGAGAAAAGCUUUCAGAGGAAAUUUUUGACACUUCAGUAUGUCAAAAAAGUCUUUUUUUUAUGCAAUUGGAAAAUAAACUGGGCCUGCCUUUGUUCUGAAUUUGAUUAUUUCUGAUUUUCUGUUGAAGCUGAUUUUUCUGUUCAGUGUUUGAAUAAAGCAAGGUGAG